GCUUCGAAGGAAUCUCAACUUUACCACCAACACCAAUCAACCAACCUUGUAACGGCUAACCGUUAAAACAGUUUCAAAAAACACAGUUUUCAACUCCUUUUCGUGCGAUAUUGAGUUUCAAGUUAUGUCAGUUGUCAGUCAUUUAGUCAAUUUCUAAAAGCAAAAAGCGUGGCAUGCAUUUGUGCGUGCUCAUUGGCUGAAAUUCCCAACAUAAUUGAAAAACUUUUUAAAGCAUUUUUGAAUGGAAUCUUGAACGGUUUCAAAAGAAAAUCGUAAAACAAAACAAUAAAAAAUAAAAGUUUAAUUUCGAUUGCUUAAGAAGUGAACGGUGAAGUGAACGCGUAUUAAUUUUGAGCACAGUUUCUCAUCAAGGCAAGGCAACAGCGAUAAGUAGAAAUGUUUCAUUUGAAGCCCCAACAGAGUCAAGGCUGUGGCGUGGUACUCAUCUGCCUGGUGGCUCUCCAGAUGCAGCAGCCCACCCAGGCGGAGCUGUCCCCGGUUCAAGGUGACCAACCAAUGCAACCGUCAGCCGUUCAGCAAUCCUCUAAAGACUCCUUUGUAGGCACUCCCCUGAGCAAUCUAUAUGAUAAUCUGCUGCAGCGCGAAUACGCCGGCCCGGUGGUCUUUCCCAAUCAUCAGGUGGAACGCAAGGCUCAGCGUUCCCCCUCAUUGCGUCUCCGGUUUGGACGCAGUGAUCCGGACAUGCUGAACAACAUUGUGGAGAAGCGUUGGUUCGGCGACGUCAACCAGAAGCCCAUCAGGUCGCCCUCCCUGCGCCUGCGAUUCGGCAGGCGGGACCCCAACUUGCCCCAGAUGCGACGGACCGCCUACGAUGACCUGCUGGAGCGCGAGCUCACCCUCAACAGCCAGCAACAGCAGCAGCAGCAACAGUUGGGCUCCGAGGGUGACUCCGAUCUGGGUGCCGACUACGAUGGUCUCUACGAGCGGGUGGUGCGGAAGCCACAGCGUCUUCGCUGGGGACGCAGUGUUCCCCAGUUCGGAGCAAACAAUGCCGACAAUGAACAGAUGGAACGCUCUCAGUUGUACAACUCAAUAUUGAACACGCAGAAAAUGCGUCGCAUGCUGAUGGCCCUGCAGCAGUACGAGUUGCCCGAGAACGUGGCCAGCUAUGCCAACGAGGAGGAUACCGAUGCGGAUCUGGAGGAGAACACAUCCGAGUUCCAGCGGGAGGCCCGUAAGCCAAUGCGUUUGCGAUGGGGUCGAAGCACUGGCAAAGCUCCCAACCAACAGAGGCCCACUGCAGAGGAAACUUCAUCGGUAUCGCCCAAGACACAGAACUAAAUUAUUGAAAACAGCCAGGUGAAGGAACUGCAGGAGAAUGGAAACAGUUAUAGGAAAUCGGAAUCAAGCUACACGGUCAAUAUCCAAUGCCAAAAAAGAUACAGAAACAUAUAAAACGCAAGUCAGAUAAAGUUUUUGAAAGCAUUUUUGAGAGGCGCAGGGAGGAUUGGGCAUACAUACUAACGAACAUAUAACUUAUAUAUUAUACACAUAUAAUUAACCACUAAUGUGUAACUUUUGGUUUUUAGCAACUAUAAGAACAAAGCAAAACUUACAUGAAUAUUUUUUUCGAAAACUUUAACAAUGCGCAGGUAAAACAAGGUAAAACAACUUUAUCGACUACGAGUUUAUUAAACUUUUUAUUAGUUAACAAUUAUUUAAAUUUGAGUUUCACUUUAAAAAUAAUUCUAUAUAUAUUAAAUAGUUUGAUUACAUUUUAAAAGUUACAACAUUUGGAGUAUGUAUCAUUAGCAACCCAUCAAAAUUGUAAAGCCUCCCUAUUCCUUAUAUGCUCAAUUAGCCACUUUUAAAUUAUUCAAUGCCCCAAAAAACUUUUAGACUCAAUGUAUAUACAAAAAAAAAAAUUAUAAAAUCUUUUAAAUUAGCGAAAAUUUGUUAUAAUAACGCUAAAAAGCUAUACAAAAACAUUAUUCUAUUUGUGAAAAACUUCUUGAUUUCUAAGCUUGUAAGCGAGUUUCGAUUUAAUGUUACGAUGGAAGUGUUUGAAAAACAUAGAGGCCCCCGGAAGCUGUAUUACUGUAACACUUGUUAUAUUAUGUGUGCUACAAAUUAUAAAUAUAUGUAUAUCAACUAUUAUAUUAUACGACUAUAUAUAUAUAUAUAUAUACGAUGAACAUUGUCUAUUGAAAUUUUAUUGAUGUAUUUUAAUAAAAGGAGAAACCAAUUACAAAGCAAGCAAGCAUAAA